AUGACAAAGCACAUCCUCAUGGAAGACGGACGCGAGCGCAACCCGUGCGUCCAGUUGUCGUCGCCGCCACCCCGAGCUGUCGAUCGGACCCAUCAAUGCACGACUGUGCACCGCCGACUGCGCAAGAUGAGCGAAAAGUUCCAGCCGUCGAGCUUUAGCCUGAUGGUGCAAGCGCGCUUGCUCUGCGUGGGCACGUCGGUCGUCUACCGCGUGUCCCUCGCCCUCACGACCACGAGCACGUGCAGAGUGGGAACGACGACGACAACCACGACGGCCAGCGGCUUGACGACACGAAACGGCGGCUACACGACCCACUCGUCGUGGGUUGUCGCACUGAGCCAGACCAAGUUGUGUGGCUUCUACGCCCACGUCCAGGCCAUUGUGCACCAUCCUACCGUGACGCAGUCCCUCGUCGCUCGCCAAAAGCAGCUGCAGGUGCAGCUCACAUGUCCCACAAACGUUGUUGAGUGGAACCCGUUUGCGACGUUUCUCCAAGUCGUGACGACCAUUUGCCAGCGCUAUGGACAUCUGCAGGUCGGAGCGUUUUCCAUUCAAGCUACAGCCAGUGCCAUGCAGGCAGGCACGAUCGAGCUCGAGGCCUUUCUCCUCGACUGCUGGCGAGCUCUUGAAGCAGUCAUUCCCGUGCUUGUGGUCCAUACGUUUCUACCUGUGCCACUGGCACGCGAGGCCUUGGACACGUACCUCUUGAUACGUGACUUGUUUUCGCUGCCGGAAAACGUACUGGAGGCCAAUUGCACGUACGCCAACGCGAUCCUCAGCCUCGAGGACGUCGACAGAGUGCGUGCGACGACGCCCUCGGAGGACUCGUGCAGUAUUUGUCUCGAACGACUGGUGUCGAGCGAUCAUAAACAAGUGCUGAUGGGUUGCACUGCGGGCCAUUGCCACGACUGCAACAGCAGCAGCAGCAGCAGCAAUAGCAUAAACGGUAGUGACAAUUCUAGCGACGACCGAGUUGCCAAAGUGUCAUCUGUUGUUCCCCACCCCACCUCCUUCGCAGUGAAGUUGCCGUGUGGCCACGUCUACCACGAAAACUGCGCCAUGUCGUGGCUGCGCCAUAACCCGAGUUGCCCCGAGUGCCGGGCCGUCGUCGGUGCAAACUCGUAA